AUGUUGCACUGGCUACCGGGCUUCGUGCUACCCUCGGUGACCUGCCAGGAGGAUGAUGACCACAGCAGCUAUGAGAUCCUCUUCCACAACCUGGACCCCUAUGGGAAUGGGUUGGUGGACAUCGUGGAGCUCCGGGAGGGGCUGAAAAGCAGGGGCACUGCAUUUGGUCUGAACUCUGAGAAUGUGAGUGACCAAGGGAAUGUGGCACCAGGAGCUUGGGGCCAGGUAACCCCCACCAGCGGUUCUAGCAAUUUUUUGGACAUUUUUAAAGCUGGAAAUACCAAUGAGGAUUCAGGAUUGGACUUUGGAGAAUUUUUGCGGUACCUUAAAGACCAGGAAAAAAUGAGGCUGGCAUUUAAUAGUCUGGAUGACAAUAAUGAAGGGAAGUUAGAUAACACAAAGAUGGUUCAUAGUUUAAAGUCCAGGAAAAUGAGAUUGAUUGAUGGGUUUGAACAGAUGUUGAAAGAAGGAGGAAUACGUUCUCUUUGGCGGGGAAAUGGUGUAAAUAUUUUUAAAAUUAUACCUGAGACAGCUCUCAAGAUUGGAGCUUAUGAACAGUAUAAGAAUUGGCUAGGUUUUGAUGGUGCUAAAGUAGAAAUUAUUGAGAGAUUUAUAUCUGGCUCAUUGGCUGGUGCAACUGCGCAGACCUGUAUUUACCCCAUGGAGGUAUUUAAAAGCCAGUUAGCUCUAGGUAAAACUGGACAGUAUUCAGGGAUCAUUGAUUGUGGCAAGAAGCUUCUGAAGGAAGAAAGUGUCAGAACAUUUUUCAAAGGUUAUAUUCCUAACUUCCUAGGCAUUCUACCUUAUGCAGGCAUAGAUUUUGCUGUUUAUGAGCUGUUGAAGAAUUAUUGGCUAGAACAUCACGCAGGAGAGUCUACAGACCCUGGGAUAAGGAUUUUGCUGGGAUGUAGUACAUUGUCUCACACAUGUGCUCAGAUAGCCACCUUCCCUCUGACCUUUAUCAGAACUCGCAUGCAGGUUCAAGCACUGGAAGAAAAAGAAACAACAACUUCUAUGAUUCAUCUCAUUCAAGAGAUACAUAACAACGAAGGAAAAAGGGGAUUUUUCAGGGGUCUUACCACAAAUAUCAUAAAGGUGCUUCCCUCAGUAGGCAUUAGCUGUGUAGUUUAUGAAAUAGUGGGACAACAUUUGGGAUUAAUUUAA